CAUCACUUUAAAACGCACCAGAGACUUGGCACAAAAGAAGCGCUCGCAGGCGAGCACAGGUGCAAAAGGACUGUCUCUUAUUACAACGAAGGGAAACCCGAUUUGCACUUUGCGCAGUGUCUAAGAAGACUCACUAAAAGUCACAGAACGCGGACUUUUAAGUUGAAGAAACUUACUUUUGGCUGCAACCUGAUGCGACGCCGUUAAACUGCAGCAACACUCCGGUGGUGUGGAUGUGGUUAUUACGCACGAGCUCGAUGUUUUCCUGUAGAUCUGGACUUUAAAACGUUUAUUGUUUUGCUAUCUCCCUCUUAUCUUUGUAUGAACAAGCACAUGACGCAAACUGUUGCUUGGAGUUCGUCGGAUUUUGUGGUGAGACUCUGUACCUACCAAGUGGAGCCGCGUGUCUAUUUGCCGAUAACCCACUAGGAAACAUGAACGUCUCUUUCUUCGAUGUGACCCAGGGCGCGCUGUUUAACGGGAGUCAGACCCUCGCUGGGACUCUGGCGUCAUACUCCGGCAAUGGCACCGACAACGUGGUGACCGGCGACGGCGGAGGAUCCCUGGUGCUUUUCCAAGACGAACGCAAACUCUUUGUCAUGCGUGUGGUGCAAAUCGCGGUGCUGUGCGUUUUGUCGCUCACCGUCGUCUUCGGUAUAUUUUUCCUCGGGUGCAACUUGAUGAUCAAAUCGGAGAGCAUGAUAAACUUCCUGGUGAAGGACCGGAGACCCUCCAAAGACGUGGAGACGGUUAUGAUCGGGCUCAGCUAGAGCAUGGAGAGCAGGGACUGUGGAAAACUGGAGCCGAGACCUGGAACGAGGAUCCGGUGCGCGUCUCCUGCCGCGGGUCAAGAUCGGCAUCUGCAUGUACUUCUCACAGACACUCUCUGAUUGUCCUGGUGAGGAAUGAUAUGCAACAACUUUAAAUAUUCUUCCGAAAAUGACUACAGGAAAGUAGUCCAGCGACCAAUGUUUGUGCGUAAAGUUUGUGCGUAAAACACGGGCAAUUGUUUACACGUGGGCCGAUCUGUUGAAUCUUUUGAGUGAAUUUAAUGUUGCCAACUUGAACAAAGUGACAAGAUGUUUACAAGCUGUUACCUCAUUUAUUGUUCAGUUACUCUUUUUUUUUUUGUAAAUUUAAAAUGAUUGUUAGUGAAUGUUUUUAAAACUGUCAAAAAGCAUGAUUGUGAAUUCUUAUAGUUCCACUUCUGCCAGUGUACCGUGUGGACGUGGUGGAUAUGUGGGUAUUCUCUAUACAAAGUAUUUUUCUUGGUCUUGUUUGGUAAAAACACUCUGAAUACUGAAAUCUUGCACGUUUUUCAACAAACUCCGUCACAUCUUUAUGGAGUGGUUCUUGGUCCUGUUUGGCAUGCUCGCUAAUUGAUCUGUAAAGUGAUUUUUGGACCCGUUUUGCACUUUUGAAAUCAAUGAUGCUGCAUGAUGAAUUAUUUUGUACCAGAAAAAGAAAAAAAACCUUGAAAUUGCAGCAUGCAAUUAAAACACUGACAUGAACAUA